UAUUUGGGCAUUUGGAUGCAUGAGUAUUGAAAUGGCAACAGGAAAUCCGUACCUGCCAGGAAACUCUGACUUAGAUCAGAUCCACAAGAUAGUGACACAAGUGGGAAAUUUAACACCACGCCUCAAGAGUCUUUUCAGCAAAAAUCCUACAUUUGCCGGGGUAUGUCUACCAGAUGUCCAAAGACCUGAAUCACCGGAAAAAAGACUGUUAAGGUGUAAUCCUUUGUUGACUGUGCUGGUAAAGAAAUGCUUACAAAUGGACCCGGACAAGAGAUCGUCAUGCACUGAGCUGCUGAAAGCUGAAUAUUUCACAGCAGAUGGAUUCUCAGAGAAAUUUAUACCAGAGAUUCAAGCUCAAGUUCUUAAGGAUAUGAAAGAUAAUCCACUUUUAGUCAGAAAACGUAAAAACAUCAGCAAAGAAAUUAUUGAAUAUGAAAAAGCGAUGUUAACCGUCAAACAAGGUGCUAAAAAGCAUGGAAAGGAUGUCACAAAGGAUAAGGAACCUAAAAGCAGGAAAUACAAACGUACAAACGUAAAAGCAGAAACAACAAAGGCAGAAAAAGUGGACAAUCCAAUUGUCUGGAAAUCCUCUCUAACGCCUCAAGAAGCCAUCCAGGGAAAUUUUUCAGAAGGAACUGAGGGGAAGCAUACAGGAACAGAAGGGAAGAAUACUAACUGUAAUAAAACAAAUUCAGCAGCCACUUCUGCCAGGGAUUUGAACAAUAGUGAGGAAGCUCUAAACUCUGCAACAUCAGCCAGCAUCCCUCCAAUUGGCAUGCAUAGUGGAAUGACUACUUCAGCAGUUUCCAACAAAAAUAUCAAUACUGACACCAAUGAUACUUCAGUGUCAAACUCAAGGAUGCAAGAAAAGGCGAAGGUGAAAGCAAGCUCUUGUAGCAGCCAGGCAGCAGAAAUACUUGUAGCUCCAGCUCCAAAUGAGGAUUCUGGUGUUGGCGAGCAAGCUGCACAGAUAGAGCAAGAACUGAAUGGAAAUAAAAAGAAGGCAAAGAUGAUUAAGGCAGGAAAGGGAGAUCUCCAUUUUCCAGAGCUAAUGUCAACUGGCCAUCAAGUGGAAGUGAAGGGGCUGGAAGGGAAAUGCAAGAUGCUGAAGAAAGAGUUGAGGAUCCCCUCAUUGGUGACUUCAGAACAGGAUCAAACUAGAAGCACUCCCAACCAGAUCUCUAUCAGAUACAAGACUGAAACGGAGCUGGAAAAUCUGGCAGCAGCUUACAAGAGCCAUGAAAAGCCACUGGAGAUUCACAGAAAGCCAGGAACUCAGCAUGUAGAAUGCAUUGCCCAGGAUAAAAGAUUUCCAUAUAAUAAAGUCAAUCACUUCUGA